ACAAGUGUCUGUGAAUUUAACAUCCGCAUGUAACAUUGUCCUGAGAGGUCCACCACACACAGAGUGGAAGAUCCACACCGAUCAAGAAGUGAAGUUCAUGUCUAAUAAUAUGGUGACGUUCAAGAGCUUCCCGGUGAAACCGCGCUAUCUGUCAGAUGGUGAUGAUGAUCUCAUACAGAAGGUCUUCUCACAAUUUAACACAACAUUCAUCAGCAGUUAUACAAAGAUUAAUCGCAGCAUCCCAGCUGUUCAAUUGUGGAUCAAGACCAACAGCACAUCUACAGAUGAGGAGUCAGAUGAAGAAGAGCCGAGCACGUCAUCACCCGGUUCUUCAUCCGUCCCUAUCCAGAUGCAGUUAUUCUCUUCUCCAGACUACAGAUCUCCUCUGGAUGGCAGCAGUAAAGUUCAGAGUGAUAAGAGACUUUACGCAGAGAUCUCCAGUCAGCAUUUAGGAGAGAUCUCUUUCAGGAUCAGAGUCAGCAGAUGUUGGGUUCGCUCUGUGCCGCUGGUGAGGAACAUUUCCUUCAAAGAAGACACCUGUUUCCUUCCAGAAUGUCCCAAGAGACUCAGUUUCUCUCUAGAGCUUCUUCAGGACCUGCCGUCCAGCUCAUGGGAUCUGGAGUGUGCCGUCAGACUCUGUAAUGACCUGGCAAAGAUUUGUUUGGAUGAAACGCAGGUGAAGAGGAACGUGCAGGUCAUCAGAUCUUACAUACCCAGCCCAGAUCAGUGUUUUGAGUUUGGACUCUCGGCCGUUCUGGGAAUCGCGUUCGGAGGAUUCAUGAUCGGAGUUCUUCUCACGGGGGCUUUAUGGUUCAUUAAAAUCCGCACAGGUCUUCCUGGAGGUCUGGACAUGAGAUCCACGGCGGCUGAACUCUCAGUUCUGUCUCUGUCGGGAUGCCCGUGCGGUCUGACCAAACGCCAGCCGGUGCCCACCCACCCGUCAGCGUCCGAGAACAGCAGCGCCAACGCCAGCAUCGGCAGCACUCAGAGCACACCCACCAGCAGCGUGGCAUAACGGUCCUGAGACCUUCCUUUACCUCACAGCACCUCCGUCAGUCACCGGCCAGCGGAAGUCAUCAGGCCUCCAGAAAAACACAAGAACCUUGGAUACCAGCGACAGGAAAAACAAAGCACAAGCCCUCGGGAACCAAGCGGAAAUUCAUGGCAUUCCUCGGUCGAGGAGGCAAAAUAAAAGACAAACAGCGGCGGGUCUCCGUGACGCAUGCGUGCGCUCUCAGAGCGUCUGAUUCAUCCAGUGAACCAUCUACAGUACACGCAUGUCUCUCUCACAGCUCUUACUGUAACGAGCGUCUCAUUCGUUCGGGACUAUUUGGGAUCCUCUGAGUCAAUCUGAGAAAGCAUCGGUGUGUGACGACACUAUCAGCUGUGAUUCAUGUCCGCUUCCCAUCAAAUUACUGAACUUGACUUCAAUUGAGUUUCUUUGGGGCUCAGAAUAAACCUCAGAGUUCAUUUCUGUGAACUGAAAUCAAACUUCCACUUUCUGAAACAUGCUGAGUUGAUUCAGUCGACGGUCGGGUAAGCGCUUCAUUUCUGACCCGACGCUCGCUCGUGUCAACUCAACAUGUUUUAGAGUUCAGAAUAUGAAGAUUGGAUGUUUGGAGUUCAGUUAUGAUGUAGCUUAUUUUACAACCGUUCAUUCAUACUACACAUGUGAAUGUAUUCAUGUAUCUGGAGAUCUGUGGUUUUUCUGUGUGUGUGUGUGUGUGUGAGAGAGAGAUAAAAGAUUUAAAGGAGUAGUUCACUUUGAAAAUAAAUGUUGAUGAUCAUUUCCUCACCCUCAUGUCAUCCAAGAUGUUUCUGUGUUUGUUUCUUUACUGGAAAAGAAAUGAAGGUUUUUGAUGAAAACAUUGCAGGAUUUUUCUCCAUAUAGUGACUUCAAUGGACUCCAAACGCUUGAAGGUCAAAGUUAUAGUUUCAGUGCAGCUUCAAAGGACUUUAAACCAAACCAGACCAUGAAUAAAGAUCUCAUUUUCUAAAAAAAAAAUAAGUAUAUGCUCUAUAAACACAAAUGCUGGCCUUGCUCUGUUCUGCGAUGCGCGUUCAUGGCUUUACAAAAUACUUAAUUACAUUGAAAAGGUCACACUUGAUGUAGGCUGAAGUAAAGAGUCAGUGUAAAAGUCCUCUGAAGCUGCACUGAAACUGUCAUUUUCUCCUUCAAGUGUUUGGAGUCCAAUGAAGUCACUACG